UCUCGACAUACAAAAGUAAUUUACCAUGAAGAAACUAUCUAAAAGCAUGUUUCUAUGUAGCCAUGACAAUUUUGAUGCACAUAAAUAUUUAGAAUAGAUACUUAUGUAUAUCUAUAAAAUAGUUAAAUUUGUAAAACUAUAUUAUAGCAGACAUUACUUAAUAAAAGAUUGGAAUACUGACGAUGUCAGCUUUACAACAUGAUGCUGGUAAAGAUGGACAAAAACAAACAGUUCAAGGCCAACCAGAUCAAUUUAACCAAUCUGAUCAGAAGAAUGUGCAACACGCUUUAUAUGGACAUGUGGAUCAAUCAAAUCAUACCGGACAACCAAUGACUAAUCAAUUUGGACAACCAACGAUCAACCAAUUCGGACAAACAAUUGUUUCUCAAGCUGGACAACCAAUGGUAAAUCAAGUUGGUCAACCAAUGGCGAAUCAAGCUGGGCAGCCUGCUUUUUAUCAGCCCGUACAACCAAUCAUGACUCAACCUGGUAUUGUACCAUUCGGCCAACAGAUGGUUGUUCAGAAUCAAUACGGACAGCCAGUUAUUGUUCAAGGUGGUGUACCAAUGGCUAUGCCUAUUCCUAUAGAUCCUAACAAUCCAGCACAAAACGAACACCCCGUCAGUACUAAAUGUCCUCACUGUCAGAUAGAUAUUACUACAGAAAGAGAAUAUGUUGUAGGCUCAUGCACGUGGUUAUGGUGUAUAUUGCUUGGUACUAUGGGUUGCAUAUUUUGUUGCUUCCUACCAUUUUUGUGGAAAGGUGCCAAAGAUGUUGUUCACACUUGUCCGAACUGUAAGAAAGAAGUCGGUAGAUUUAUUCGACAACAAAGAAGUAAUGUCAGGAUUCAUGCUGGCGGAGGACAUUAUCGUCGCCGCCGACGUCGUAGACGACGAUAAUUGAGAAAUUAGUCCUAUCAAGCAAAAUUAUGACAUUGCAUGUAUAGUAUUCUCAUAGUAAUAUAUAAUAAACCCAUCAUAGAUACCAGGAUUCAAAUUUUGUACACCAGACGCGAUUCGUCUACAAAAGAAUCAUUAGUGACUCUAAAAUCAAAAUAGUUAAAAAGGCCAAAUAAAGAACGAAAUUGAAGAGCAAUGAGGACCCAACAUUCCGCAAAGUUUUGCCAAAUACCGCUAAGGUAUUCUAUUCCUGGGGUAGAAAGUCCCUAGUAUUUCAAAAAAAAUCAAAGUUUUGUAAACAGUUUAUUAAUAAUUGUGAUUAUAUCAAAUAUCACUCAUGUCAUCUACUGGGCUGGUGAUACCCUCGGGGAGGAAACCUCCAUCAGCAGUGGCAUCGACCCGGUGGAUAUAAAUAAACUCAUCUGAUACCAGGAUUUAAAUUUUAUACGCCAGAUGUCUACAAAAGACUCAACGGUGACGCUCGAAUAAAAAAAAAGUUAAAACGGCUAAAUAAAGUAAGAAGUUGAAGAGCAUUAUGUAUAUUUAUUUUCAAUGGAAUAUCAAGUGUGGCAGUGUUUUUAAUAUCUUACUUUUUCUACUUCCCAUAUAAAAUUUUAAAUCAA